AUGGGGAUACUAGAAAAGAUAGCACAGAUUCAGGAGGAACUUUCACGUACUCAAAAAAACAAAGCUACCGAGUACCACAUUGGUCUUCUAAAAGGUAAAUUAGCACGGUAUCGUAGAGAGUUACUAGAACCACAACCAGGACAAGGUUCAUCAGGAGGUGGUCAGGGAUUUGAGGUUGCAAAAGCAGGUGAUGCGCGUGUGUCAUUGAUUGGGUUCCCAUCAGUUGGUAAAUCAUCCUUCUUGUCAAAAGUCACAAACACUAAAUCAGAGGCAGCUAACUACGAAUUCACAACUUUGACAUCGGUGGGUGGUAUCUUGGAGUACAAUGGGGCUGAAGUGCAAAUAGUGGAUUUGCCAGGAAUCAUAAAAGCUGCAUCCCAGGGGAAAGGCAGAGGACGUCAAGUGAUUGCCGUGUCUAGGACUUCAGAUUUGAUAUUGAUGGUUUUGGAUGCCACGAAAAGUGAAGACCAAAGACAAAUUUUGGAGAAUGAGUUGGAGUCAAUGGGUAUUAGACUAAACAAAACAAAGCCCAAUGUCUCAAUCACCUUGAAAAAGACCGGAGGUGUCAAGAUGAACUCGAUCAUUCCGCCAAAGUAUCUUGACGAGAAAAUUGUUACUGCAUUACUAAAAGAUUACAAAAUAUUGAAUGCUCAUGUAUUGAUAAGAGACGAGAAUGUCACAAUUGAUGAUUUUAUCGACGUUAUCAAUGAGCAGCACGUCACUUAUAUCAAGUGUCUAUACGUGUACAACAAGAUUGAUGCUGUUAGUUUAGAAGAGUGUGACAGAUUGGCAAGAGAGCCAAACACAGUGGUCAUGUCAUGUGAGUUGGACUUAGGUAUUGACGAUUUGAAAGAGGAGAUUUGGCGUCAGUUGGAUUUGUUGAGACUAUACACCAAGCGAAGAGGUAUCUUGCCCAAUCUUGAAGAGCCAAUGGUUGUGAGAAAUAAAAGUACGAUUUUGGAAGUUUGUGAUUCCAUCCAUCGAGAUAUGAAGAACCAGUUUAAAUAUGCAUUGGUUUGGGGGUCAAGUGCCAAGCAUUCGCCUCAGAAGUGUGGUUUAAACCAUCCUGUUCAUGAUGAAGAUGUAGUGCAAAUAGUGACCAAAUAG